AUGGAGGAAGUUAUAGCAGUUUGUGGCCAGUGGUUACUGGAGAAGGAAAGGUGGAUGUUUCACGUUGAUAAGAGAAGAGGAAGCAAAGUUAUUCCUGUAACUGACAAUACAACCUUCGAAGAUAUGAUAAACAUGGUUUAUGAGGACUACGGGUUAGAUAAGAGAAGUAUUUGUAUCGAGUUGAGUUACAUGCUCAGUAGGAAGAGUUUGUUGAAGCUAACUCUUGACACACCACCAGUGAGAAUUGGGAAUUUCCGUCAAUUACAAGGUUUCUUUCGUCACCUGAAGUCUGACCACGUUCGGCUAUGCGUGGAGGUCACUUGCAGAGUCAAUAGGAAGACGAUGGAAAAGAGCACUCAUGGAGGUGUCGUGAAUCAAUCUGAUCCUAGUCCUGCUGAAGACUCAGACACCGAUGGAGAGCGGUUUGACUAUUGUGAUGAUUCAGAUGGUGCGACAUCAGAUGAUGAGGACUUUAUAGCCUACGGAGUACCUCCAGGAGUAGAUAUAAAUACGAAGAAAUGGCACACGCCAAAGGUGGGGCUAGCAACUACAUUGAAAAAAACAAAGGCUGUAACUACGCAUGUCAGACAACAAUUGAGUUCACUAAAUAUAGUUGUUGGCCAAAGUUUUGAGUCCAAGUCUGCAUUGAAAACAAGACUUCAGAUGCUGACGGUAGUGCAACAAUUUGAUUACGAUGUCGACUACUCAACACCUGAUCUGUUAGUAGUAAAGUGUUGGGUUAGAGGUUGUAGUUGGAAAUUAAGAGCAUCACCAACAAGUGAUAGUCCUCACUUUACUAUACGCGGCUAUGUUUCAGAACAUACUUGUUCAGUUACAGAAAGAUCAGCUCGUUGCAGACAAGCAACACCAGAGAUUCUUGGAGCUUUAUACACUGAAUUCAUUGGUGGAGUGGAGCCAAGCAUUUUGCCCAGUCAUGUGAUGCAGUCGCUUAACAUGUGCUUUGGAAUAAAGAUUGACUACUGGAAAGCUCAUCGGACGCUGCAAUAUGCAAGAGAAUUGGUUAGGGGAUCUGCUGAGAGUGGAUAUCAUGAUUUACCUGCUUAUCUACACAUGAUUAGGGAGGCAAAUCCUGGGACAUUCACUCGCCUAGAGGUAGAUUCUAGUGACAGAUUCAAGUAUCUUUUCCUCGCAUUUGGUGCUAGCAUCAAGGGGUUUCCAUUCAUGAGGAAGGUUGUUGUUGUCGAUGGCACAUUCUUGCAAGGAAAGUACAAAGGGACUCUACUAAUUGCGUCAUCACAGGAUGGCAAUUUUCAGAUUUUUCCAAUUGCAUUUGCGAUAGUCGAUACGGAGAACGAUGAAUCAUGGAAGUGGUUUUUCAGACAAUUCAACUGUGUGAUUCCAGAUGACGAAAAACUUGCUAUUAUUUCAGAUAGGCACAAAUCAAUUGGAAAUGCAAUUACCCAUGUAUAUCCAAAGGCCAGCCGUGGAGUUUGCACUUAUCACUUAUACAAGAAUGUGUUGGGAAAGUUUAGAGGUCGGGAGUUGUUUGGCUUGGUUAAAAAGGCAGCAAAUUCAUACAGACUUUCAGAUUUUGAGACCAUAUUUGAGGAGAUCAAAUCUAUGCAUCCGGCAUUGCAUGGCUACUUGCACAAAGCAGAUGUAAGGAAGUGGGCACGUGCUCAUUUUCCUGGUGAUAGGUAUAAUUUGACUACAACUAACAUAGCCGAAUCUAUAAAUAGAGUGCUUUCAGAUGCAAGGAGUUUGCCCGUUGUAAGACUUUUAGAAGCAAUAAGGCAAAUGAUGACGCGCUGGUUUUCGACUCGGAAGAAUGAUGCAUAUUGCAUGAAAACAACUUUAACUCGUGGAGUAGAGAAGCUUUUAGAGGUAAACAUGAGUUUCUAA